AUGCACAACUUCAAUUUGAAAAGACAUGUGGUUGGUCAGCACCCUGAAGUGGCGGUCAAGAAUGGACUGUUGAACGAUAAUGAUGAGGUUGGCGAUUCGCCUCCGAAAAAGCUCCAGAAAAUCCUAGUAGAAAUGGACAACAAUCAAUACGUGACAAAUUUUCAGGAAAUCCAAGGAAAGUUGGUGUGCAUCAGAGCUGAUUUGGCGUCAAGGAAAGGGCGAUUAGUGCUUGGAAUAAAUCAGGCAUAA